UUUUCGUUGGCAUCCAGGGACAAUCAGACUAGACAAAUACAAGAUGCUGUUUCAAAUGUGGAAAAACAUUUUGGUGAAUUGUGCCAAAUAUUUGCUGGAUAUGUACGUAAAACUGCCAGACUACGAGACAAAGCAGAUCUUCUAGUAAAUGAAAUAUAUGCAUAUGCAGCCACAGAGACACCAAACUUAAAAGUUGGACUGAAAAACUUUGCAGAUGAAUUUUCCAGACUUCAGGAUUAUCGCCAGGCAGAGGUUGACAGGCUUGAAGCCAAGGUUGUUGCGCCUCUGAAAAGUUACGGGACUAUAGUGAAACUUAAAAGGGAUGAUCUUAAAGCAACUUUAACAGCAAAGAACCGAGAAGCCAAGCAACUAUCUCAACUGGAAAAGACACGUCAGCGGAAUCCAUCAGAUCGACACAUUAUUUCACAGGCUGAAACUGAAUUGCAGAGAGCUUCACUGGAUGCAACUCGAACAACUCGGCAAUUAGAGGAAACCAUUGAUAAUUUUGAGAAACAGAAAAUAAAGGACAUAAAAAACAUAUUUUCUGAAUUUGUAACUAUUGAAAUGUUAUUCCAUGGGAAAGCUUUAGAGAUAUAUACUGCAGCCUACCAAAAUAUCCAAAAUAUUGAUGAAAAUGAAGAUUUAGAGGUUUUUCGGAGCUCACUUUAUCCACCAGACUAUCAGUCUCGCUUAGACAUAGUUCGUGCAAAUUCAAAGUCCCCCCUGCAUAGAACUGGCUCCUUAAAAUCUUCACUGAGGACAGUACAGAUUUCCAACAGUAUGCUAAGAAAAGAUGAAGAAGAAGAGGAGGAAGAUGAAGAUGAGGAAGAAGAAGAGGAGGAAGAUGAAGAUGCUGCUAAGGAAGUGAGAUAA